AUGUUUACAGCAGGUCAAACUAUCGAUUCUUCUAUAAUGCACAGAAAACAAGGUACUUUUUCAUAUAAAAAGAACAGUCCACAGAUGAAGGAUCUUGGUAAUAACCUUUAUAUAAAAACUGAAAAAAUGACAAAUGAUGUAGCAAGGGUUUAUUUCAUAGACAACCAAGGAAAUCCAACUCAACCUCCAGCGAGUACAGUUUUUACAUGUUCGUCAACUGAACAACUAGGACAACUAAGACAUAAUAUAAAUGAACAAGUUAAAUUAAAGAAAGAAGCUCUUCUCCCAUAUCGAAACCCAUCCUAG